UAAAAAGCCGCCGCUGAUUUGAGCUAAGUGGCAAGGCAUUUUGUGGAGCAGUAGAGGAAAAUAAACGGAGAACCCUGGAGAAAAGGGGCGUUUGGGCAGGGGCGGUGGGGGGGGGGGGGGAGGAUCUCCACCGCCACUACUUCCAUUUCAGCUUUACCAUUACGAAAGAGCUUAAUUUGCCUAUUAUAAAGUGAGGCAUAAAGCGCCACUGGUGAAAUUGGUCCUUGUCCCGCGCUCGACAGUACAGGUGGACGAAAGGGGCUGCUUGCCAAAUACUUCUGGUUGGAGGGAGGGGUCGGAGUGCUUUCUCAAAACCACUCCUGGAAUGGCUUAACUCGCCCAGCACGAAUCAAUGACAACCUCCCGCCGGCUGCGGCAGGCUCCCCUGAGCAGCGCUGCCGCGUGGAUUCCCAGCCCGGGACCCUGGCGGCGCUCCGGACGCGACCCGGGCACGAGCGCGGCGCCCCCGGGGCGGCCAGGGCUCUGGCCGAGACCAUGGCCAAUGGCAUUGACGAGCUCAUUGGCAUUCCCUUCCCCAACCACAGCAGCGAGGUGCUGUGCAGCCUGAACGAGCAGCGGCAUGACGGCCUGCUCUGCGACGUGCUCCUGGUGGUGCAGGAGCAGGAGUACCGCACCCACCGCUCCGUCCUGGCGGCCUGCAGCAAGUACUUCAAGAAGCUCUUCACGGCCGGCACCUUAGCGAGCCAGCCCUACGUCUAUGAGAUCGACUUUGUCCAGCCCGAGGCCCUGGCCGCCAUCCUGGAGUUCGCCUACACCUCCACGCUCACCAUCACCGCCUCCAACGUCAAGCACAUCCUCAACGCCGCCCGGAUGCUGGAGAUCCAGUGCAUCGUGAACGUGUGCCUGGAGAUCAUGGAGCCCGGGGGGGACGGCGGGGAGGAGGACGACAAGGAGGACGAUGAUGACGACGAGGAUGACGACGAUGAGGAGGAUGAGGAGGAGGAGGAAGAGGAGGAAGACGAGGAAGAGGACGACGAUACAGAGGAUUUUGCUGAUCAAGAAAACUUGCCUGAUCCCCAGGACAUCAACUGCCACCAAAGCCCUUCCAAGACGGACCACCUCACGGAGAAGGCCUAUUCAGACACACCCAGGGACUUCCCGGACUCCUUCCAGGCCAGCAGCCCUGGCCACCUGGGUGUGAUCCGGGACUUCUCCAUUGAGUCUCUGCUGAGGGAGAACCUGUACCCCAAAGCCAACAUCCCCGACAGGAGACCCUCCUUAUCUCCCUUCGCCCCGGACUUCUUCCCACACCUCUGGCCAGGGGACUUUGGUGCCUUUGCCCAGCUGCCCGAGCAGCCCAUGGACAAUGGGCCACUGGACCUGGUCAUCAAGAAUCGGAAGAUCAAGGAGGAGGAGAAAGAGGAGCUGCCCCCACCCCCACCCCCACCCUUCCCGAAUGACUUCUUCAAGGACAUGUUCCCAGACCUUGCCGGGGGGCCGCUGAGCUCCAUCAAGUCAGAGAAUGACUAUGGUGCCUAUCUCAACUUCCUGAGCGCCACCCACCUGGGGGGCCUCUUCCCACCCUGGCCGCUGGUGGAGGAGCGCAAACUGAAGCCCAAGGCCUCUCAGCAGUGCCCCAUCUGCCACAAAGUCAUCAUGGGGGCCGGGAAGCUGCCGCGGCACAUGCGGACCCACACCGGGGAGAAGCCGUACAUGUGUAACAUCUGCGAGGUCCGCUUCACCAGGCAGGACAAGCUGAAGAUCCACAUGCGGAAGCACACAGGGGAACGGCCCUAUCUGUGCAUCCACUGCAACGCCAAGUUCGUGCACAACUACGACCUCAAGAAUCACAUGCGCAUCCACACGGGCGUGCGGCCCUACCAGUGCGAGUUCUGCUACAAGAGCUUCACACGCUCCGACCACCUGCACCGCCACAUCAAGCGCCAGAGCUGCCGCAUGGCACGGCCGCGACGGGGCCGCAAGCCCGCCGCCUGGAGGGCCGCCAGCCUGCUCUUCGGGCCUGGAGGCCCGGCCCCCGAGAAGGCGGCCUUUGUGAUGCCCCCCGCGCUGGGCGAGGUGGGCAGCCACCUGGGCGGGGCGGCCGUGUGCCUCCCCGGCCCCAGCCCCGCCAAGCACUUCCUGGCAGCGCCCAAGGCCGCGCUGAGCCUGCAGGAGCUCGAACGGCAGUUCGAGGAGACGCAGAUGAAGCUGUUCGGGCGCGCCCAGCUGGAGGCCGAGAGGAACGCGGGGGGCCUCCUGGCCUUCGCGCUGGCCGAGAACGUGGCGGCGGCGAGGCCCUACUUCCCGCUGCCCGACCCCUGGGCUACCGGCCUGGCCGGCCUCCCUGGGCUCGCCGGCCUCAAUCACAUGGCCUCCAUGUCUGAAGCCAACAACUAGGCUGGUCCUUGUCUGCCCCAGUCCAGCUGCCCUGUUCUCUCUCCCACCAGGCCCACCCUGCCCCAUCCAGUGGAUCUGCAUUUAUUUCAAAAUCACAAUCAAAGAAAAAAAAGAAAAAAUAUAUGUCAGCAGCAAUGGUGUUUUCUGGGCCUUAUGAGGCAGCCGCCUCCCCUUCGCUUGUGCCCUAGACUGCAUCUCCUCUCAGUUGGGCCAGCCUCCCCCUGACUGUGUGUCUCCCUGGCUCUCACCCAGGAAUUCACCCAGCGGGCCAGGCCUCUGAGGAGGCCCCGGGCUGGGUGCCUGGGGGCUGUACAGCGGUGAGGUGGCUGGGCCAGAGGCAGACCCAACAGAGCGGGGAUGAGGGGCGGGGCCUGGGGAAUCCAUGCUCUGGUUGAGCCCCACCCCCUUUUGGCAGAGUCCCUACAGACACUGCUCUGAUGGGUCAUCUUUCCAGUCCCCAGAGGUCCUGGGGUCCUUAUGGGAGACACCCUACCGGCAGGGAGGCCUCCUGGGGUCUGGAGCGAGGCUCCGGACUCCAGGCCCAUUUUUCCCCUCACUGUCCUGUGACCUUGGACAAGACAAGGUCACUCUAUCCCGGUUCACCCCACUCUGGAGUGGGGCUGGUCAUUUGGUUUCCCUCUUCCACCCACCCACCCACCCGCUCGCAUAUCCAUGCCUGUCCCUCCAAAAACAAUUCUUGUGAGAGUAGCUGCUUUGCACCCCUGAAGUCGCUGAUGCAACCAUCCAUAGUACAGGCUUUCGUUUUAUCACAUCCACCUCUGUGUUAGCACAGGUGAGAGAUGUGGCCAGACUAGACACGGUGACAGACAGAGAGCUGGGGUGGGGAUGGUCCACAGCCCAUGGGCAGCUUUGGGGAACUCCACAUACCCCCCUCCUCUGUUCUCCGGGCAGGCCCCCAAGCAGGGCUGGACCCCAAGAUGACUUCAGCAUUUACCGCACCUCCGCACACCCCUUCCAAAGCUGUAGGGAAUCUCCAGGGAGUCCCAAGGCCGACAAAGAAGAGGUGGGGCCCAUGUCUUCACACCUGUCGACUGCCUCCCUCUACCACAGUCCCUGGAAGUAGACAAAAUUCUUGGUUUCCAGGUUUAUCUCUUUGCUUUUCAAGUUGUAGGUUUCCCUUCGCUGCAUUUGAACCCCCUCAACCCCUCCCUCUGGGGAUGCAGCUGGGUGUGUGGCCCCCUCAGGGCGGAGAAGCUGAGCCUUGGCUCCCAUAGGGGCCUGAAGGGCUCUGUGAGCUGGGGCCGCCCCCACGUUCUCCCUGGUCCCGAGAAGGAAGACAGCUCUGCUGGCCCAGUGCCUUCCUGAUCCCUCUCCCCUUUCCUGCCUUCCCUCCCUGUUCUCGCUGAGUUUGCUUCCGUUUCUCAGUGGCCAGAAAGGAGGAGAGCUCCCCUGCACGGAUGGCCCGGGCCUGGCGUCCCCAGUCCCAGAGCUGUGGGCCUCAGAGACUUCACUGUCCUCUCGCCUUGGCUUCUCCCUGGACAUACGUGAAAAACAAAAAGGCCAGAGAAGACUGCAGACUCUCACGCCCCAGCUCUCCGGAAGAGACCCCUGGCGCCACGCCCCACCUGAGGCCGGCACACCCAGAGGGAACUGCGUCAGACGCCCUCUCCAGAUGUCACCUGCCUGCGCCGCUGCAUCUGGGGGUCCCGGCUCCAUUUCAGACACUUGCCGACACUCACAGGUUCCCCCGUCAGCCCAGGGGUCGGGCUGGUCUGGACUUGAGAAGAAAACAAGGAAAAAUGAACAGAUCAAAAUCCAGUGGUAUUGGGGCUUUUGUUUUCAUUUUGUAAAGGUGAUGACUUCUUAUAAACUCGAUUUUUCAGAUGA